CAAAUAAGUCUCUUCUACUGCUUGGCCUAGACAAUCAGAAGUGUUGCUUGUUACCAUCCUGUAGAAAAGCUCAGUGCAAGUCAUAGUUUCAAAUAGAACUAUUGCCUGUGAGGCAGGUUGUGUCUGAGGCCACGAGACAGCUGGUGCUAAAAAUAAAUCCCUCUCAACUACCACCUCCUCACUCUCACGGCUCGACACAUAACCCGACACAUCCCAUGCUCAUACACAUGCUGGUACGACGAAAGGGGGAAAAAAACACUUUCAGUAAUCUUUCCGCAAGGCUGACACGUUUCAGAAGAACAAAAGAGUUGCCAAAAACAGCAUGAAAAGCUUGAAAUUCUUGGCAGCAGAGGGUUUCGUUCGAAGUGGGCCAUGUGUCGGUAGGAAUCUCAGUUGCUUGUCUUACAAUCUCUACCCAAUCCUGUUUAAGGCCAGCUACCUGCUGGAAGAGGCAGAUGUGCUCCAUUACUUGGUUAAGACGUGGCCUCUGACUGAGCUCAAUCUGCGGAGAUUACUGGGAGAAACUCCAGACUGCCAGACAGAUCUCACUUCGCGCACCUGCAGCCUCUGUCUCAAAGCCCUGCUGAUGGGAUUGAAGGACUAUGUUCUUUAUGAACCAACCACAUAUGCCAAAGUCCUACGGGUGGUGGAUCUGACUGGGCUGCAGGAUAUCCAGCACCAGGCCUGCCCAUGCAGAAGCUCGCUGGGCCGUUGGGCUCGCACUGAACUGCUCACACGCAUGUGCUACGAGACCAUGGCGGCCAUGCAGGCAGAUCAGGCAGCAGCAUCAGCCUGGGCGGUGGCGGUGGACGUCCGAAUCAAUGCCUUCGUAACAGGACGAAACUAUGAAAUGGUGGUCCAGGCUCUACUGUUGCUCAGGCACUGCCCGUUGAAGCUGCGCUGUGUGGGUUUGCGUGUUGACUCACUUCCUCUGAGGAACCUCUUCUAUUUGCUGCGCCUGGUCAACACUGAAGGCCUGCAGAAGUUGGAGGUGGUGCAUAAUGUACAUCUGGAGGCUCCACAUCUGGAGGUGAUGCUGUCACAGCUUCAUUUUCCCCAGCUGCGCUCACUCACAUUACCGGCGCAAGCACUGGAUGUGCGCAGACUGACUCAGGGUGAUGAGGACCUACUCACAGUCCUGGGAGAGCUGAUGAGCAAGAUGAGAGAGCUGAGAGAGCUCUACCUGGGCUUCUCGACCCUUACAGGACAACUGAGACGACUGCUCAGUCCUCUGAACACCCCACUGCAGUGUAUAGAGCUGGCUAACUGUUGCCUCAGCCCUGUGGACAUGGCUUACCUGGCUAACAGCCUGCACAGCGAGUUCCUAGUAAAACUGGACCUGAGUGGCCAUGUGGUGGCUGAUCUCUUCCCCAACACCUUCCGUAAACUGCUGCAUCGCUGCUCAGCUACACUCAGCAGUCUGGGCUUGGAGGAGUGCGGCCUGUCAGAUGAGAACCUGGACCUCCUCAUUCAAGCACUGGGACCUUGUAAUGCCCUACAAGAGCUUAAGAUUCUGGGCAACCCACUGAGCACAGCAGCCCUGCACCAGCUCUUUAACAUGCUGGCACAGGGCUAUCCAGCUCUGAGGUAUAUAGAGCUGCCGGUGCCUCGUGACUGCUACUCUGAAGAUGCAACCUACCCACUGGAUGAUUCCACGCUGCUGAGUUACGAUCGAGAGAAGUUCCACCAAGCCAGAAGCGAACUGGUAGCCAUUCUGGAACGAGCUGGGAAAGGACAUAUUGAAGUAUGCACACCGCUGCUUGGCGUCUAUGAUCCUGACAUCCAUGAGACAAGCAACGAGCUAGGGGUUUCUAUGCUGCACUCCUUUAAUACAGUCAUAGGGAACUUUAUACAGACUGUGACAAGCGUGAGUGAACGGAGAGAACACAGCCUAACUGAGUGAGAUCACAGAACCGGGAGGUUUAUUGUCCUAUUCAAAAUACAGCAUGUCUGAUUAAACUUGCAAUUUGAGGUGCAAGAACUCCAAAAUACGGGAAGAGACAACGGAGUGCAUGGGGAAGAAAAUGGCCGGAAUUGUGCAAUACAGAACUAGAUUUAGAUCAUCUAUUCAUUCACUCAUUAAGUGAUUAUGCAGAGUGUAAAUAUUUCAAAAGGAAUUCUUGGUUGUUCAUAGAACCAGUUACACACACACAGAGGUAUCAACAAAAUUAUUUUAACCUAAGAAGAAAAACAGUACUAAACUUUGUCACUAGAGUGGUAGUGUUAAGGGUUCAUCUUUUGUACUUUGUGUGUGUGUGAUUAUAUAUAAAAUCACCUGGAAGCGUGGAUAUACAAUACCUUUAAAAAUUAUUAUUUUUUUUUUCACAGUUAAUUUUUUUUUUCCUUCAGUUCUCAUUUUUUUCCCCCACAGUUUUUUUUUCACCACCAGAAGCAAAUGUGUCUUUUCCCCUUUAUUCGAGUCUGGUCUGACUACUGCUUUAGCUGUAAAAGCAGAAAACAUGUCUUCUGUACCGUUGUAGGAAAGGAUUAGAAAUCUUAAAUGUAGCUAAACUGUACAUGUUGGCACCUUUGCAUAAGUAACCAGCCUUUCCAAUACCAGUUUAAUGACCUAGAACUCUACUGAGCAGAUGAAGACGUUCUAAGCAAAUGCACUGCAGUGGUUUAUUUUUGGGAAAAAAAUGCAAAAUGUUCAACUUAUGUACAGUUAAUUAGUUUCAUUCAAAUGCAUAACUGCAGGAAAAACCUGGUGUUUUGUAAAGCAUUCAGUCCUGUGUAAAUGCUGGGAUUUGAAAUAGUCAAUUGAUUUACAAUUUAUCUGACUUAAACAAAUCUGUGAUGAAAUGUUUACUUAUGACAUUUUACAUGAUAGCAAACUUUUAUUAUUAUUUUUUUGGGUGUGUAGGCAAAGGUCAGUGAUCUUCAAAUAAACGUUUAACAUAA